AUGGACCGAAUCGAGCAAUUGGAGCGUGCACACGUGCAGGUGCACUCGCAGUUACUGCAGGAGCUGGACAGACUGUACUUUUUGAAGGAAGGGGGGAGUAAGGGCACACUGGGCGUCAACGAGAAACAUCUGCUGGCGUUGCGUCGGCAAUUGCAACUCUCACUGGAGAAGUCCGUUGCCGCAGCGAAGACUCUGAAACGGCUCGGAGACGAGACGGCUGGUACGAACAGUUCCGAGCAGGCGAUUACACUCCGACUGAAAGACCUAAUGGAUGCCAACGGGGCGCUGGACGAGGAGAUCGCAGACACGAUGCAACACACGCUGCAAUUGAAUGACGACCUGUCGCGUGCGACCGCUGAGUUCGACACGCUCAAAUCGCAGCUGCAGAAUCUCCAUCCGCAGGUCACGCAGCAAUUGGUCACCAACCCGCCGGAAACGACCGAGGAAAUCGCGGCAACGGCCACACCGCAGUCAGAGACACUACAGGAACUACUGACCGCUUUGCAAUUGAUCUCAGGGUCCCUGUGA